AUGGAGGAAGGAAGCACCACAGAGGUGCACACGGUGGCCUCCCUGCUGAAGCUCUGCCUGCGGGAGCUCCCUGAGCCCAUGGUCCCCUUCGCCAGGUACGAGGACUUCCUCAGCUGCACCCAGCUGCUCACCAAGGACAAGGGGGAGCUGUCUCUUCCUAACUUUGAAGGUUUCUGGAUGUUCAGUCCCACUCAAGAUGUCAACAAGAUGAGUGUCCAGAACCUGGCAACCAUUUUUGGACCUAAUAUACUUCGGCCACAGAUAGAAGACCCAGUGACCAUCAUGGAAGGCACUUCCCUGGUCCAGCACCUGAUGACCGUCCUGAUCCGCAAACACAGCCAGCUCUUCACCUUGAGGACCACAGAAGGGCCAGCCUCCCCACACAGGGGCCCCCCGUGCACCGUGGGAUGGGGCUCAGAGGAGGUCACCAGGGACAGCCAGCCAGAGCCCGGCAGCCCCGGCGCCCCCGGCCUGCCCUCGCACAGGACCUCUUCUCUGGACGGGGCGGCCGUGGCGGCGCUCUCCAGAACCUCUCCUACUGGCCUGGGGAGCCGACGCGGCCCCGCUGCCACCAGCCCUGGGAAGAAGGUGCAGACUCUGCCCAACUGGAGGUCCUCCUUCCGGCAGUUGGGGUCCUGGUCCGGGAGCCCGAAGGUGGGCAGCGCAUCCCUGAAGGUACCCAUCAUCUCCUCCGGAGGGAACUGGCUCAUGAACGGCUGUCCUCCCUCCGCGGCCACUGCCGGGCCUCCUCGGGAGACUGGCUCAAGGACUCAG